AUGGUCAAGUUGUUCAUUGGAAAUUUGGCUGAAACUGUGGACUCCAAUAAGAUUAAAAAGGUUUUCCAACAAUUCACUCAAGUGAGCGAAUGUGAUGUCGUCAAGAAUUAUGCUUUCAUCCGCGUUCCUGAUGACGAUGUAAAUGUUAUAAUUAGCCGUUUGGAUGGUUAUAUUUUGGACGGAAAAGCAAUACAAAUUAAAUUAUCUACUUCUAAAUUACGAGCUGUACCAGGUCUAACAAGCGCCCACUGCCUGAGAUGUACAUCCACCACUCAUCGUACUCCUCAGUGUCCCCAAGAUCCGCAGAAUCAAGUCAAAGAGACUAUAAAAAUCGAUUUAACUAAAAGUUUAAAACGGGAGGGGGAUGCCAUAAGUGGUCCGGAACCAAAAAAAACAGUAGUUUCUGACCAAGAGAUACCCAGGCCUGAAGAACCAGACUUACAAAAUUUAUAUGAAGAGUAUCACCAAACACGGCAAAGAUAUAUAUACUAUCGUGAUCUUCUAAUCAAAGAGAUAGAAGCUAGACGCGGUGUUGGAAAUGUUUAUUCGGCGCCUUCGAAACCUGCUAUGACUUCCAACCAGUUAUCCUCUGCUCCUGUCUCCUACAUAUCCUCUCCUGGGAACGCUGUUCCAUACUCUGUGCCUUCCACGCCAGGCUCCCAUCCCUAUAGCGUUGCUCUCAAGGCACCCUACGCUCCUUCCUUGAACGCUCCCUAUGCUUCUGCUUACAAACAAACUACGGCUCCGAAUUCGUCUCCCAGUGUAGUCUCUAGCUAUGCGUCUUCAAACAUUGUAUCGGCACCUUCAGCCGUAACACAAGUUACUGCCUCAGUCGGAGCGAUAUCAUCAUACCCUGUACAGUUAGGAAAUGCUGUGGGGGCUGGAGCUCCUGGAACAGGGCUUGUGAAAUUGAACAUUCAGUGA